GUCCCAGCAGGAAGUCAGGGCUGGAUUGGCGCUCUCCGCGAGCGUCCUGGGCCACGGGGGCUAGAGCCCUCCCCUCUCCUCCCGGCGGGUGUGUGGGAAAGUGUCCCCGCAGACAGUAGAGGCUGGCCAGGACGCCCCGGCACGCAGAGGGAAUGAGUCAGGCGCCGGCUCCCUACCCGCACGUCGUGGGCGGAUCGCGCCAGCGCUGAGUAGGAAGGAGUUUCAGCCGCCAGCCCGGAACGCAAAGCUCCUGAGAAGUACAUCAAGUCUAAAGUGAACCAGCGAACUCAGCAAGGCUGGAACCAUGAGCAGUAAUGGAGCCGAUCUAACCUUCGGUUACACCUCCUGUUUUGUAGCUAUCCUUUUGUUUGGCUCAAAUUUUGUGCCACUUAAAAAAUUUGAUACUGGUGAUGGAAUGUUUCUCCAGUGGGUCCUUUGUGCUGCCAUAUGGUUGGUUGCCUUGGUGGUCAAUCUGAUAUUACAUUGCCCAAAGUUUUGGCCUUUUGCAAUGCUAGGGGGCUGCAUUUGGGCAACAGGGAACAUUGCUGUUGUCCCAAUUAUCAAAACCAUUGGUUUAGGCCUUGGAAUCUUAAUCUGGGGAUCAUUUAAUGCCUUAACUGGCUGGGCAAGCUCAAGGUUUGGCUGGUUUGGAUUGGAUGCAGAAGAAGUAUCAAAUCCGCUGCUAAAUUACAUUGGAGCUGGGCUAUCUGUAGUAAGUGCUUUCAUAUUUUUGUUCAUCAAAAGUGAAAUACCAAAUAACACGUGUUCUGUGGAUACCACUCCGUUAAUAACAGAGCAUGUGAUCAACAAAACUCAACACCCCUGUUCCUGGGUGGAUAAACUUUCUACAGUACACCACCGCAUAGUGGGCUGCAGUCUUGCAGUGAUAUCUGGAGUACUCUAUGGAUCUACAUUUGUGCCAAUCAUCUAUAUCAAGGACCACAGCAAAAGAAAUGAGAGUAUAUAUGCAGGGGCAAGCCAAUAUGAUUUAGACUAUGUUUUUGCACACUUCAGUGGCAUCUUUCUUACAAGUACUGUCUACUUUCUGGCCUACUGCAUAGCCAUGAAAAGCAGUCCUAAACUAUAUCCUGAAGCAGUCCUUCCAGGAUUCCUCUCAGGGGUACUUUGGGCAAUAGCUACCUGCUGUUGGUUCAUAGCGAAUCACUCUCUGAGUGCUGUGGUCAGUUUUCCUAUAAUCACUGCUGGUCCAGGAUUUAUAGCUGCAAUGUGGGGUGUCUUCAUGUUUAAGGAAAUAAAGGGCCUACAAAACUACCUAUUAAUGAUACUUGCAUUUUGCAUCAUCUUGACUGGAGCCUUAUGCACUGCUUUUUCUAAAAUCUAACAGUAACAAGACCAGCAGAUGGCAGCAGUGGUUAAGAGAAUACGUCUAUCGGACAAGAGGGAUUAUUAUGCUGGGAACAGAGUGCAUUUUCAAAGCAAAUGGAUCUCAGCCACUGUUAAGAGUGGGUAAAUGAUUUUUUUCCCAAAAAUGUGAGAAUGAAGGAAAACUGAGUUUCAUUCAAGUAUAAAAUGAAAAUUUCUUCUGAUGAACUGUUUAUGAAGGUAGGACUUUACUUGGUGACUAAAAUGUCUACAUUAUUAUAGCAUUACAUAUGAGGAUGCUCUUUUUACCACAAUAUGUACCUAGUGUUGCAUAAUCUAGAUCACAGCAUGAAGUCCAUAUACAAAGAAGUUACAGUGCAGAUUUCUCACCUAUUAUUCCAAUGAAGUGAGGCAGAAAUACCUUGGGCAAGGAGGGAGAGCCUUACCUUAUAACGAAAUUAGAUUCCAAAGAUAAUUUGGAUCCUUUGUUUCAUAAAGUAAAUGUCAUAGUUGGUAACUAAGGCAUUAAAAAGCCCAUUUUAUUAUUUUUGGCCAAAACUUAUGUUUAUUUCAAGUUAAUAUUGCCCAACUCUACAUCAUCUACCCAUUUUAGCUCAUAAUGCUUUUGGUUACCUCCAGAUAAAAAUCCAUUCUCAGAAAACAAAAAUUUUUCACCAUUGAGAAUAUGUGCAUAAUGUAAUACAUACAUACGCAAGUACAUGCACAUACGUAAAUACACAAAGAUAUUGCUAGAGUGAGAUUCUAGGUUGUCAGUAACAAUUUACAGGAACCAACCACUCUUUUGCAUGUACAAUUAUUUUUUUCUGAAAUACCCUUUUCUAAAACCCUCUUAACUGGAGGUUUUCCUGUUUUCUUCUUGUUUUAACUGGUGGUUUCCAGUAGGCAAGAUAAAAUUACAGGCAUGCCAGUUGUAUUUUUUUAAGAAAACUGAAAUUAAGUCAGAGUGGCACACACCUGUAAUCCCAGCUACUGAGGAGGCUGAAGCAGGAGGAUCACUUAGCCCAAGAGUAUGAAUUUGCCAGCCUGGGUGACAUAGCAAGGUCCCAUCUCUAAAAAAGAAAUUCAACUUAAAUUUAUAAGAAAAAAGAAAACCGAAACAGAACUGCUAGUACAAAUUGUUUAUUGCAAUUGUUUCCAAAACCUGGAAAUAAUAUAACCCCUAUUCAAAUGUACGUUUUACCCAUUCCCACUUGAUAGUACUGCAUACUACUUUGCUAUGCAAGAGAAACAAAACAGCAUUCUAUUUGUGUGUAUACUCUGAAGUCCAUGUGCCUGGGUUUAAAUCCCAUCUCUGUUUCAUUUUAUUUGUGUGGCUUUGGGCAAGUUCUUAAGGCCCCUGUAUUAGACCCCUCAUUUUCAAAAUGGAGUUUAUGAUGGCACCUACCUCACAUGGUUAUUAUGUGAUUGAAAUUAGUUAAAAUCUGUAAACUAUGUUGAUGAGUAUCUGGUACUUGACAAACACUAUGUAAUUGUUAGCUUUUAUUAUUAUGUGUUGUUUGAAGGGGAGAAAAACUUUUGUAGAUUGGAGAAUACUAUGUAAGAGCUACUGAGCUCACCACCUUCCAAUCCAAACAAUUAUUACUCUCCAAAUGUAUACUACUUAAAAGUGAUACAGCUUCUGUUUGGUUAUUGAAUUGCUAAUA